AUGAAUCUUCCAGUUAACGCAGAGAGAAAGAAGAGAAUUCUCAAGUCCUACUCAUACAGAGGUAUUGACCUUGAGGCCCUUCUCAAGUUGUCCAACGAGGAGUUCGGAAAGUUGUGCACUUCCAGUGUCAGAAGAAGAUUCUCCAGAGGUCUAGGUGACAGAGAAGAACGUUUCCUCAAGAAACUCAGAGUUGUAAAGUUGGCCACUCCACCAAACGAGAAGCCAGCCGUUGUCAAGACCCAUUUGAGAAAGAUGAUCGUUGUCCCAGAGAUGAUUGGUUCUGUUGUCGGUGUUUACAACGGUAAGAUUUUCAACACCGUUGAGAUCAAGCCAGAGAUGUUGGGCCACUACUUGGGUGAGUUCUCCAUGACUUACACUCCAGUUAGACACGGUAAGGCCGGUGUUGGUAACGCUGCCAGAUUUGCCGCUCUGAAAUAA